UGCUGGCAACGGGGCUGCCGUUUGGGUCACACUUUCCACUUGGAGGCAUCCUACCCGCCUCCCUCCCUCGCUGGGAAAGAAGUCAACACCACCGACGGACAGACGGGCGGGCGGGGUGACUCAUCUCCGGAGUCCCUUGGCUGCGGGGACCCCUUGAGGUCCCUUCCUCCGCACGGGAGCGAUGGGAAAUCCGUGGGGGCUCUUCUGGGUGUCGUUCCUGUGUUUCCUGAUCCACGCCCGAGGUCAAGGUGACUUCGAUUUGGCCGACGCUCUCGACGACCCAGAACCCACCAAGAAGCCGAGCUCAGACAUCUACCCGAAGCCGAAACCCCCGUAUCACCCGCAGCCCGGAAAUCCUGACAACAGCGGAAAUAUUUAUCCAAAACCGAAACCGCCACCCCCUCGCCCACAGCCUGGCUACCCGGAUGGUGGAGGUUACAUCAGCGAUGGGGACGGCGGCCGCUACCCACCCAGGCCUAGGCCCAGGCCACCAGCAGGAGGCGGUGGCGGUGGAGGUGGCUAUAACCCCGGUAAUGACGGCUAUGGAAACUCGCACGGAGGAGGGUAUCGACCCAACUCAGGUGGAUAUAAUUAUGGUGGAGACAGCUACAACAACUACGGCAACCCUCACGGCAACAUGGUAGCUAAAAUUGUGUCUCCCAUCGUAUCCGUGGUGGUGGUCACUCUGGUGGGGGCCGCAGCCAGCUAUUUCCAACGCAACAGGAGGAGAAAUUGCUUUAGAACAAAUCAACCAGAGAAUGUCUGAGGACCUCAAGGUCGGGCGGUCGCUCUGAGAGAAAGCUCAGACGAGACAAGAACCCCACUCAUCAUUCCUGUGGAAACUCCCUUUCAUUUUUGGCGUCAUUCAACUCCAAAAAAGUGUUUUCUUUCCCAUCUGACAAAGAUAUGAUGCCUAACAAAGAAUCCCCCAUGUGUUGGACUGGCUGCGUUUCUGCAGAUAAAUUAAACAUCUAAACCUGGGGGGUCCAAAGGUGGCCUCACUGUGUUCAUUGCA